AUGGCCCAGCGGCCACUGCUCACAUCGAGUAUCACCACCGGAACGCUCUUUGGAGCCGGUGACGUGCUAGCGCAACAGGUCGUCGACAAGAAAGGCUUCGACAAGCACGAUUACGCUCGGACGGGUCGCAUGGUUCUCUACGGCGGAGCAAUAUUUGGCCCUGCUGCUUCAGCCUGGUACGGCGUCCUCCAGCGCCAUGUCGUGUUAAAGAACACGGCCACCACCGUCAUCGCUCGUGUUGCCGCCGACCAAUUGGUUUUCACACCUGUCAAUCUGUUCUGCUUCUUGUCCUCCAUGUCCAUCAUGGAAGGCACCGACCCCAUGGAGAAGCUGCGCAAGGCUUACUGGUCCACAUACAAAACCAACUUGGGGGUGUGGUCAACGGUGCAAUUGGGCAACUUUGCGCUUGUUCCAUUGGAAUACCGUGUGCUGGUGGUUAACGUUGUCAGCUUGGGGUGGAACUGCUACCUCAGCUUUGUCAACAGCAAGGCAUAA